AGCCCCUGAUGAAGGCAGAGGAGGGGGAGGAGUACGACGAGGAGCACAACAAACCUCACCUCGUCUACAGAAAGGACAGGAAGAGGAGAGAGAGCCCUGCCAGUGAACCCACACAACCCUGCUCAGCCUCAUGUAACAGACCUAGCUACCACUGUCUGCCCCUGUACUAACCAUAGUCUGAAUCCUCUCCUCUCCUAUACUAUACUGUAUUGUACUACACUAUACUAUACUAUACUAUACUAUACUACGCUACACUAUACUAUACCAUUUUUUUAUUAACUUUUAUUUAUUCAUGGUAGCCCAAUUGAGACCAGGGUCUCAUUCCCAAUGGUGCCCUGAGGACAAACAAUGUACAUUACAAUUAAAACAAGACAAAUAAAAAUAACCACAAGGCACAACCUCAACACCACAAUUUUAACAAAUAAACCACUACAAUCCUCAAUGAAUUCAUUCAACACCCGAGUCCUAAACUGCCAUAGCGGCUCCAGGGAAUGAAGAUGCAAGGAAUUUUGUAGGUUAUUCCAACAAUGGGGGGCACUAAAACUAAAGGAGGAUUUACCUAAAUUGGUCAAGACCAGAGGGACAUCAAGAGUUAACCAAUCCUGCGAGCAGGUUUGGUAGCUCAUUCUUUUAUAUGUUAGCAAUGAAGUUAGGUAAAUUGGAAGCUUGUGUAGCAUGGCUUUGUAAACAAAAAGGGAGUAAUGAAUUGAUCUACGAGACUUUAGUGAGGACCAGACAACCUUUUGAUACAGGAUGUAGUGAUGAGUAUUAAAACUGUCACCUGUGAUAAAGUAAAGGGCGCUAUGGUAGACAGCAUCCAAAGGUUUAAGAGUAGUGGCUGCUGUAUUCUGGUAAAUGGUGUCACCGUAGUCAAGAACUGGCAGGAAAGGUGACUGUACAAUCUGCUUCCUGCUGUUUAGGGAGAGGCAAGAUCUAUUUCUAAAAAUUAAGCCCACUUUAAAUCUUUGCUUUUUAACUUUAAACAUCGUCUUUGUCAAUCCAAAUGCCCAGAUAUUUGUAGGUGGGGACCCAGACGAAUGGGAGAACCAUCCAAUGAAUAAAUAUGUAGUCCAUCUGAAACAUUCUUGUGAGAACUAGAGAACAACAUGUAUUUAGUCUUGCCUGCAUUAUGCUAUACGAUACUAUACUUCCCUACACUGCAAUACACUAUACUACACUACACUAUACUAUGCUAUACUAUACUAUGCUAUACUAAUCACAGUAUGAUUGUUACUGGGGUUCCCCUCACACUUACCCCUCUGUUUUGUAAUUCUCUCUGUGCCAAAGCCGUAAUAGCUGCGCUAACUGCAAAUUAUACUUAGUCAUGAUUCUUGGCUGCGGGUUUAGCGAGAAGAUUUGAGUCUUGAUUAAGAGUGUCAUUGAAAUCCUUUAUUUAAUUCAGCUAAAAUGUGUUCCAGCCAGCCAUCCGCUCCAAAGGUUUUCACUCUCCUUUCUGGAGCGUUCACACCCAAGUCUGCGGAGGAACAGAGGAAUAAAUAAUUACUUUUUAGUUUGCUGCACUGUCGGAGAUAAAUAAAGAAACUGGAGAGCACUGCAUUUUAUAAGCUGCUUUUGAAUGUUCUCCAUUUCAUUAGAAUGUUUAUAGCUGCAGCCUUUAGAUAGUGGAGAGGCCAACAAAAAGCAAAGUGACCCAGCAGAGCUCACCCUGACACAGGCCCUUAAAAGAUGGCUCACGGGGAGCUUUGUGGGCGGCCUUUGUUGGCUGAUGCAAUAAAUAUUUUAUGUGCAGGACACUUGAUUUGUUUGUUGUCUGAACCCGGGUAUUGUCUGCUGGUUGUGGCCAUUGUCUGUGGCUGGGUUUAAAGUAGUUGGAGUGACCUGAGGGGCCAAAACCUCCUUAAUAUGCUUGCCUUUCACUCCAUCAGUCUGUGUGGCAAACACAGAGGGGCAACAAUCUGGAGGGUCUCACUCUCAGCCAGGCACUGGAGGACUUUGAAAUAUGCUCCCUCUCUGUGUAGACACUGUCAGAAAGUGGGUGAAAGGCCUAACAUGAAGGUGUAGCAGCUCACACAAGUUGUGGGUCCAUCCACCCAGUCUCCCUUUAAUAUCUUUCUAACCUCACAGAUUAGAUACAGUAGGUUUUUCUAUUCAAAGUGCCCAAGCAAACACAUUCUUCCUCCUCACCUUUUAAUAAAUCAAUGGGGUCUUGUUAUAUACAUAGAUAUAUAGAGAAAGAGAAGACACCUGCAGCAGAGCAGACACACAAUGAGGCAGGAUUAAAGGAGAGAGACGACACAGGGCCGGGUUAGGACAGGAGAACUGUGAGGUGUCCUGGGCUGUGGUUCCACACCCUUAUCUGAUAGGCUCCUCUCCAGAUGCACUGAUAAAUGCCUCUCUUUGAAGGCCGCAGUAGGCCUGCCUGCCUGGCUGGCUGUUAGUAGGCCUAAUUUCUUUUUAUGGGAAUGUGUACAGUGCAGUGCACACACUGACUGCUACUAUCAGGUCAGGAGUAAACACUGUGUUGGUUGGCUGCUCUCAAAGCACAACAAAGGCAUCAAAUCAAAUCAAGUUUAUUGGUCGCGUACACAGGUUUGCAGAUAUCGCAGGUGCAGCAAAAUGCUUAUGUUUCUAGCUUAGACAGCACAGUAAUAUCUAGUAAUACAAUAACAAUACACAUAAUCCAAAAGGUAAAAAAAUAUCAGAAAUAUCAGAACGAGCAAUGUCAGUGUCCAGAAUAUAAGUGUAUAUAUAUAAAUGGUGUGUAUAUACAGUAUGGACAGUAUAUGAAUAGAAAAGGUGUGUACAGCAGUAGCUACAGUGGGGAAAAAAGUAUUUAGUCAGCCACCAAUUGUGCAAGUUCUCCCACUUAAAAAGAUGAGAGAGGCCUGUAACUUUCAUCAUAGGUACACGUCAACUAUGACAGACAAAAUGAGGAAAAAAUAUCCAGAAAAUCACAUUGUAGGAUUUUUAAUGAAUUUAUUUGCAAAUUAUGGUGGAAAAUAAGUAUUUGGUCAAUAACAAAAGUUUCUCAAUACUUUGUUAUAUACCCUUUGUUGGCAAUGACACAGGUCAAACAUUUUCUGUAAGUCUUCACAAGGUUUUCACACACUGUUGCUGUUAUUUUGGCCCAUUCGUCCAUGCAGAUCUCCUCUAGAGCAGUGAUGUUUUGGGGCUGUCGCUGGGCAACACAGACUUUCAACUCCCUCCAAAGAUUUUCUAUGGGGUUGAGAUCUGGAGACUGGCUAGGCCACUCCAGGACCUUGAAAUGCUUCUUACGAAGCCACUCCUUCGUUGCCCGGGCGGUGUGUUUGGGAUCAUUGUCAUGCUGAAAGACCCAGCCACGUUUCAUCUUCAAUGCCCUUGCUGAUGGAAGGAGGUUUUCACUCAAAAUCUCACGAUACAUGGCCCCAUUCAUUCUUUCCUUUACAGGGAUCAGUCGUCCUGGUCCCUUUGCAGAAAAACAGCCCCAAAGCAUGAUGUUUCCACCCCCAUGCUUCACAGUAGGUAUGGUGUUCUUUGGAUGCAACUCAGCAUUCUUUGUCCUCCAAACACGACGAGUUGAGUUUUUACCAAAAAGUUAUAUUUUGGUUUCAUCUGACCAUAUGACAUUCUCCCAAUCCUCUUCUGGAUCAUCCAAAUGCACUCUAGCAAACUUCAGACGGGCCUGGACAUGUACUGGCUUAAGCAGGGGGACACGUCUGGCACUGCAGGAUUUGAGUCCCUGGCGGCGUAGUGUGUUACUGAUGGUAGGCUUUGUUACUUUGGUCCCAGCUCUCUGCAGGUCAUUCACUAGGUCCCCCCGUGUGGUUCUGGGAUUUUUUCUCAGCGUUCUUGUGAUCAUUUUGACCCCACAGGGUGAGAUCUUGCGUGGAGCCCCAGAUCAAGGGAGAUUAUCAGUGGUCUUGUAUGUCUUCCAUUUCCUAAUAAUUGCUCCCACAGUUGAUUUCUUCAAACCAAGCUGCUUACCUAUUGCAGAUUCAGUCUUCCCAGCCUGGUGCAGGUCUACAAUUUUGUUUCUGGUGUCCUUUGACAGCUCUUUGGUCUUGGCCAUAGUGGAGUUUGGAGUGUGACUGUUUGAGGUUGUGGACAGGUGUCUUUUAUACUGAUAACAAGUUCAAACAGGUGCCAUUAAUACAGGUAACGAGUGGAGGACAGAGGAGCCUCUUAAAGAAUAAGUUACAGGUCUGUGAGAGCCAGAAAUCUUGCUUGUUUGUAGGUGACCAAAUACUUAUUUUCCACCAUAAUUUGCAAAUAAAUUCAUUACAAAUCCUACAAUGUGAUUUUCUGGAUUUUUUUCCCUCAUUUUGUCUGUCAUAGUUGACGUGUACCUAUGAUGAAAAUUACAGGCCUCUCUCAUCUUUUUAAGUGGGAGAACUUGCACAAUUGGUGGCUGACUAAAUACUUAUUUUCCCCACUGUAUAUACUGUAGGAUGAGCCAUGACUAGAAUACAGUAUAUACACUACAUGACCAAAAGUAUGUGGACACCUGCUUGUCGAACAUCUCAUUCCAAAAUCAUGGGCACAUUGCUGCGGGACUUACUUCCAUUCAGCCACAAGAGCAUUAGUGAGGUCGGGCACUGAUGUUGGACGAUUAGGCCUGGCUCGCAGUCGGCGUUCCAAUUCAUCCCAAAGGUGUUCGAUGGGGUUGAGGUCAGGGCUCUGUGCAAGCCAGUCAAGUUCUUCCACACCGAUCUUGACAAACGAUUUCUGUAUGUCAUUGUAUGCUGUAGCGUUACGAUUUCCCUUCACUGGAACUAAGGGGCCUAGCUACCUCUCUCUCUCUCUCUCUCUCUCUCUCUCAUCACAGGCUGCAUAAACAUGCAGCUCUUUACUGCAGCCUAAUUGCUGAGAGCAAAUUGCAUUGAGCAACACAGUCAGGACCACCAGGCAGAGUGCAGCUGUAGGUGGGAAUAUCUCUGGGUAUACAAUAUGAUGUAGGUACAGCUCCUCUUGAAUGCACAAGCAGAUAUGUGAUUAAGAUAUUGUGCUACAAAACUAAGAAUCAACUUGUGGGGGCCUCAAGCAGAGGGCCUCAAGGUAAAAAAUGGACCCGUGUGUUAGAAAUGAAAGGGCCGAUUUCUGGUCUUAGUCCGCACCUGUACAGUAGUGAAAGAAAAGAGAACCUGUUGCUGGCAGAGGGCAGAUUCCUUUCUUGCUAUCCCUCUAUUCCUCUUUCUGAGGAGGCAUAAAAGCACUCUUUGUGAGGGUCAAUGAUCUCAUGGUCCUCUCUCUCCACACUUUAUGUAUCUGUGAAAGGGGAGGCUUGUCUUAAAUAAAAGUUGCUAGUCAGAGUUUGAUUGCUGAGGGGGCUGAAGGGUUUUGAGGCUUUGGGGGGUUGGGGAGUUGCAAGGAGGCUCAAAACCUGCCAACUAUCCCAGUUGGUCAGAACAGAACACACAUGGAAAUGCCAGACACGCUAGUUCAGGAAUGCUAUAGAAGAAGACUAUAGGCCUAUCAUGGUAUACUGCAUGUGUUUACUUUCAGUUGUUUAAGAAUUUCCAUAGUUGGUGGAGUCCUGUUGGUUUCCAUAGUUGGUGUAGUCCUGUUGGUUUCCAUAGUUGGUGUAGUCCUGCUGGUUUCCAUAGUUGGUAUAGUCCUGCUGGUUUCCAUAGUUGGUAUAGUCCUGUUGGUUUCCAUAGUUGGUGUAGUCCUGUUGGUUUCCAUAGUUGGUGUAGUCCUGUUGGUUUCCAUAGUUGGUGUAGUCCUGUUGGUUUCCAUAGUUGGUGUAGUCCUGUUGGUUUCUAUAGUUGGUGUAGUCCUGUUGGUUUCCAUAGUUGGUGUAGUCCUGUUGGUUUCUAUAGUUGGUGUAGUCCUGUUGGUUUCCAUAGUUGGUGUAGUCCUGUUGGUUUCCAUAGUUGGUGUAGUCCUGUUGGUUUCCAUAGUUGGUGUAGUCCUGUUGGUUUCCAUAGUUGGUGAAGUCCUACAUCUGCUCACCUUGGUAAAAUGUGUUGAUACUGUAGAAGCAGAACAGUAUGUUUACACUGAGAUAACGUGAACAAAGAUGAAGUUGAAGAGCUCCUUGUGUCCACCAUUCUGCAGUCGUCUUUGGUCUUUCAACAGAAAUCUAAGAGUUUUUCCUCUCAUAUGCCGUCACCAACAGGGGAGUGUUGAAAAUGCUACUAUGAUAAUAAGGUAUUUUAAAGUGCAACCUCUUAGGGAAGAUAGGGUUUCUGUUGUUUCAUCCUCAGUCAAUACACAGUAAUAAAGUUGUCAUUGGCUGUUUUCCUUGCUGUGUGUGUUCAUGCAUUGUUGUUAGAGCACUACAGUAUUCCAUGACUCAUGCUUUCCAUUUGAUUUACAACAAAAUAGUUCUCAAACUCAAUAUUUUAGUAAAUUCAAGUUCAGAUACAUAACUUUCCUUGACACUAACAUGACCUAGAUGUUCUUCCCUACUACUGUUCACUAGGCACCGAGCAGCCAUGUCUAGGACUACAGGUCUAUAUGCACACUAAGCCAUCUUGGGUGGUUUUGCCACUGUUUUUGAUAACUGUGAAGUUGGGAGCUGUUGAGUGGGCGAUUAAGAGGCGAGUGUUCUUAAGUUUAAAAGGCAAAUGUUCCUCAUUAUGCCAGCAUGGGUUUUAAAGGUUCUCCAAAGGAGCUUGUCAGACUGAAAUCACAACAACACUGUGACUGCGUCGGCCCCUUAAUGCAACAUUCUGGGGGUUAUCUGUCUGUCUGCCUGUGGGCUAAAGCUUGCAUGUGAAUCUCUGUGUCGGUCGUCCUGAGAUGGAGAUAGUCAGAAGGAUGGGGGUGGCCCAGGAUAGGGGAAGACUAUUCUCACUCUGCUCACUAGGUCUCUGCAGGGCUGACAUGUAUGAGAGCUUUGAAGGUAAUAAGAGGUUGUAGUUGUAUGUUUCUCUCUCAUGAUGUGCUUACUAUAUUGCAGGCAUGACUGGUCCCUGGUACUAGGACUGGGAUGCGGUGAAUGGAACAAUUAGUGUGAUUAUGGAGAAGGACCGAGUUGUUUCUGCUGGAGAAUACAGAGUUGGUUGGCUGUGGGCCUGUGGCUAUCCCUCCCAGGUACAAAGCAUCGCUGCAUGUCCCUUUGCCCCUGACCUCUAAACACAAAUAUUUUAAUGGGAAUCACCCAUUGCCCGGCCCACAGUGUAAAAAUGACGUGGGUCCAAAUGCAAGUCUCAGCUUUUUUUGACAAAGGGUUCAUUUACAUGGAAAAUGCUCUCUCAUGCCGUCCCCCGUGCGAUCUGGUAUUGAACUAGCUGACUUGAAUCGCUCCCUGUUCUUUAGCGCUUUCAUGUAUGUGAAUGGAAGCGCUUGUUGUGUGUUGUGUGGGACCUCGCGCUUGUGUCACCUUUUGUUUGGAGUCACUCAUUGGAUGGGAUCUGACCAUGGGCUCUUCCCUAGAGGUGUUCGGCCCUCCAUUUCAACUGUUUACACUGAGUUGAAGUUGUUUUUGUCUCUCAUGCCGUGUUGGGAAUGGGCUCAGUAGAGGUAGGCAUGGUGCGAUGGAUGGAUGGUUAUCGGUCAAAUGACCUCUCUCACCUUUAGGGUCUGGCUCGCAGAGGUAUGGGGGCUUUGGGGUGUAAUCUGGCUCCAUAGGGCUUAGGCCCCCAACACACCAUGGAGCCGCUAUUGUUACUCAUCCUGAAAUGUGUAUCUGGAGGAGUGAGUGUGUAAAAUGUUUUGCUUUGUUCAUGUCGUGUGCGUGCGAAGUGUGCGUGUAUGCACAGACUGUGUGUGUGUGAACUCUGUUAGGCUUAUCUUUUUGACUGAGUGUUUGUUGUCUCUGUUGCUGCUCUCUGAGGAGUUGGAAUCGCUGAGCGAGAAGAGGAUAGGAGAGGAGCAAGUUUCUGUCUUCAUCUGUAUGCCUAGCCUGGUCGGUGCUGCAUGUGCCGGUCUCGCUCUAAACCCUGGCACUGGCCCCGGACGUUUCUCAGGCUCUCGCUCUGCCUUCCUCCUCCCUCUACACCUGUGUCUCUAUCUGUAGCAGCCCCUCAAUCCACGUCAGAGUUUUCAAACUCAACUCCAACUAUAAAUCUACAGGAGAAGUUGGACUGUGUUGUAACUGGGGCACUCGGGGAAUAAUAAAAUCAGACAUAUUUAAUGAUACGUUUGGUGAACAUUGUGCCUCUGUCUAUAACCGAUUUAGGUAUGAAGUACUAUGAUGCUUCUCCGACCUAGGCAAUAGUUAUUGUGAACCAAAUGUAAGUAACUUAUAGUUAGUAUGAACUCCAGUUCUGCACUUCAGCAAUAAUAGAGCCCUCAUUGCUCUGGUGUUCUUUAUGGAGAGAGUGACAUAAGCAGCUAAUCAUUCUUCCACAUGGUCAUCUGACUGACUGGACGAUAACAGAUUGUCUGGGUGUUGGAUCAGCUAUACACACUAGACAGACAGAUAUAGAAAGAUAGACAGACAGACAGCAGUCUAAUGGUUGUCAUGUGGCCAUAGCACAGCCCCAGUGAACCCAACCCAGUGUGUUGUCUCUGUCUCAGAGUUCCAGUGACAAAUUCCAACAGCUAUUUUCUGCAGAGUUCUACUGUCUGUCUGUCUGUCUGUCUGGGUAUUCUGUCUGAACAGAUGGGCAGCAAUGUUCUGUUAUAGUGUUAUCAGUCAGAUGUAUGGUGCUGACAGGUGAGGGACAUGGUCCCCACAUUGUGGCCAUGGGCAGGCUGGGACACCACUGACCCUGAUGGGAAGACAGUUGCAGGCCAGAGAUGUGCAGUGUCAUCGCCUGGAGCUCCUCUGUCCAUCUGAAUACUUAUAGGCACCAAAACAAGUGGUUGAAAUGAUUAUGUUACUCUUAUGUAUGGAACGUCUAUGGAGGUUAUUUGAUCUUGGGGAAUUGAGACCAAUGGAAUAUACUGUAGAUGGAGAGUGGAAUCCAAGAUGUUGCUGCUGUCAUCUACAGUAUACUGAACAAAAAUAUAAAUGCAACAUGUAAAGUGUUGGUCCCAUGUUUCAUGAGCUGAAAUAAAAGAUCACAGAAAUUUUCCAUAUGCACAGAAAGCUUAUUUCGCAAAAAAUGUCUGCGUAAAUGUGUUUACAUCCCUGUUAGUGAGUAUUUCUCCUUUGCCAAGAUAAUUACAUUUUAGUCAUUUAGCAGACACUUUAUCCAAUCUUUUUUUCUUUUUUUUUCUCAUACUGGUCUCCCGUGGGAAACGAACCCACAACCCUGCCGUUGCAAACGCCAUGCUCUACCAACUGAGCUACACGGGACUAAUCCGUCCUGACAGGUGUGGCAUAUCAAGAAACUGAUUAAACAGCAUGAUCAUUACACAGGUGCACCUUGUGCUGGGCACAAUAAAUGGCCACUGUAAAAUGUGCAGUUUUGUCAAACAACACAAUGCCACAGAUGUCUCAAGUUUUGAGGGAGCGUGCAAUUGGCAUGCUGACUGCAGGAAUGUCCACUAGAGCUGUUGCCAGAGAAUUGAUUGUUCAUUUCUCUACCAUAAGCCACCUCCAAUUACAUUUGAGAGAAUUUGGCAGUACGUCCAACCGGCCUCACAACCGCAGACCACAUGUAACCACGCCAGCCCAGGACCUCCACAUCCGGCUUCUUCACUUGCGGGAUCGUCUGAGACCAGUCACCCGGACAGCUGAUGAAACUGUGGGUUUGCACAACCGAAGAAUUUCUGCACAAACUGUCAGAAACCAUCUCAGGGAAGCUCAUCGGCAUGCUUGUCUUCCUCACCAGGGUCUUGACCUGACUGCAGUUCGGAGUCGUAGCCGACGUCAGUGGGAAAAUGCUCACCUUCAAUGGCCACUGGCAUGCUGGAGAAGUGUGCUCUUCACAGAUGAAUCCCGGUUUCAACUGUACCAGGCAGAUGGCAGACAGUGCGGAUGGCGUUGUGUGGGCGAGCGGUUUGCUAAUGUCAACAUUGUGAACAGAGUGCCCCAUGGUGGCGGUGGGGUUAUGGUAUGGGCAGGCGUAAGCUAUGGACAACGAACACAAUUGCAUUUUAUCGAUAGAAAUUUGAAUGCACAGAGAUAUCGUGACAAGAUCCUGAGGCCCAUUGUCGUGCCAUUCAUCCGCCACCAUCACCUCAUGUUUCAGCAUGAUAAUGCACAGCCCCAUGUCGCAAGAAUCUGUACACAAUUCCUGGAAGCUGAAAAUGUCCCAGUUCUUCCAUGGCCUGCAUACUCACCAGACAUGUCACCCAUUGAGCAUGUUUGGGAUGCUCUGGAUCGACGUGUUCGACAGCGUGUUCCAGUUCCCGCCAAUAUCCAGCAACUUCGCACAGCCGUUGAAGAGGAAUGGGACAACAUUCCACAGGCCACAUUAACAGCCUGAUCAACUCUAUGUGAAGAAGAUGUGUUGCGCUGCAUGAGGCAAAUGGUGGUCACACCAGAUACUGACUGGUUUUCUGAUUCACGCCCCAAACUUUUUUUAAAGGUAUCUGUGACCAACAGAUGCAUAUCUGUAUUCCCAGUCAUGUGAAAUCCAUAGAUUAGGGCCUAAUUUAUUUAUUUCAAUUGACUGAUUUCCUUAUAUAGCUCAGUUGGUAGAGCAUGGCGCUUGCAAUGGCAGGGUUGUGGGUUCGUUUCCCACGGGGGGCCAGUAUGAAAAUGUAUGCACUCACUAACUGUGAAGUCGCUCUGGAUAAGAGCGUCUGCUAAAUGACAAACAUUUUUAAAUGUAACUCAGUCAAAAGUUUUACAGUUCAGACACAGGGGGACAAUGUAAUUCCCAUCAUUUUAAGACCACUCAUGUCCUCAUUAAAAGCUGAAAGGAAAGUACAUGCCAAGUGCUUUGGGGUAAUUGAUUCAGUGUCGUGGUUUUAUGACAGUUUGGUUUUCUGCAGCCCAUCUUUACUGUACAUCUCAGAGGGGCACUCACUCUCCCCAAAGAACAAAGCAGACAGACAUGAACCGACCAUCAUCUCUUCUCUCUCUCCUCAACACGAGAGAAACAAGGAAUCUGGCAGCUUUCACUGGUCUUAUCGCGUGAGGUAGAGAUGGUUACAUUGAAGGACAACCUAGCUGUUGCAUCAUUGUUGUUGAACUCCAGAGCAGAGGGAUGGGAUUCCCUGUUGAGAAAGUCUGGUUCCUGAACUUUAACCCUUAACCCCUUGGCCACCCUACAGCUUUUAACAUGGAUCUGGACAGUAACACUGACACCACUGUGGGCAGACUGUGUGUGUGACAGCUGCUAUCAUUCUUUAUAAUGGUCAAGAGUCAUGCAGCCAUGUUUAAAAGCUUUCGUUCUACAGCAACAAUUAGUUCCCUCUUUUCUCUGUCUAGCCAGCAGCCACAGAAUUACUCUUAAUUGUAGGUCUGUGUGGGUCUAGAGGAUGUUGUACUGUCUGUUAAACGACCAUAACAACGUGACCCUUGAUUGACCCAGGCAUGAUCUAUGCUUGCUGUAAGGUACACUACAGCUACACAAUGCUGCGGACAACACUGUCUCCGUAAUUGGCACCCAAGUGACAGAGCUCUUUCUCUCCCAGUGGGUUAUUGUAAAAGAAUGUUAAUUAGCUCAACAAUGAAAUCAGUGUUCCCUAUUGUUGGGCUUUUGGCAUUGAUACUUCUGAACGAGAGUGAAAAUAGGUCAUAGUGCAUCAGAGUAUUAAAUAAAUGGACUUUAUUCCAGCUGAAGAGGAGGACAACGUCAUGUUUGUUGACAUCAUGCUUGAAUGAUGUCAACAAACAUUUGUUGUAAAAAAUAUAUAUAAAAAAUUAAGCACGUUGGUAUCAAUCAUUGAAGUGAUGUACUAUUGCUUUAAUGUUUCUUGGAUUGUAAACAAAAAACGAAAAAAAAAAAAAAAAAAAAAAAAAAAAAAAAUAUAUAUAUAUAUAGUGAGGGAAAAAAGUAUUUGAUCCCCUGCUGAUUUUGUACGUUUGCCCACUGACAAAGAAAUGAUCAGUCUAUAAUUUUAAUGGUAGGUUUAUUUGAACAGUGAGAGACAGAAUAACAACGAAAAAAUCCAGAAAAACACAUGUCAAAAAUGUUAUAAAUUGAUUUGCAUUUUAAUGAGGGAAAUAAGUAUUUGACUCCCUCUCAAUCAGAAAGAUUUCUGGCUCCCAGGUGUCUUUUAUACAGGUAACGAGCUGAGAUUAGGAGCACACUCUUAAAGGGAGUGCUCCUAAUCUCAGUUUGAUACCUAUAUAAAAGACACCUGUCCACAGACGCAAUCAAUCAAUCAGAUUCCAAACUCUCCACCAUGGCCAAGACCAAAGAGCUCUCCAAGGAUGUCAGGAACAAGAUUGUAGACCUACACAAGGCUGGAAUGGGCUACAAGACCAUCGCCAAGCAGUUUGGUGAGAAGGUGACAACAGUUGGUGCGAUUAUUCGCAAAUGGAAGAAACACAAAAGAACUGUCAAUCUCCCCCGGCCUGGGGCUCCAUGCAAGAUUUCACCUCGUGGAGUUGCAAUGAUCAUGAGAACGGUGAGGAAUCAGCCCAGAACUACACGGGAGGAUUUUGUCAAUGAUCUCAAGGCAGCUGGGACCAUAGUCACCAAGAAAACAAUUGGUAACACACUACGCCGUGAAGGACUGAAAUCCUGCAGUGCCCGCAAGGUCCCCCUGCUCAAGAAAGCACAUAUACAGGCCCGUCUGAAGUUUGCCAAUGAACAUCUGAAUGAUUCAGAGGAGAACUGGAUGAAAGUGUUGUGGUCAGAUGAGACCAAAAUCGAGCUCUUUGGCAUCAACUCAACUCACCGUGUUUGGAGGAGGAGGAAUGCUGCCUAUGACCCCAAGAACACCAUCCCCACCGUCAAACAUGGAGGUGGAAACAUUAUGCUUUGGGGGUGUUUUUCUGCUAAGGGGACAGGAAAACUUCACCGCAUCAAAAGGACGAUGGACGGGGCAAUGUACAGUCAAAUCUUGGGUGAGAACCUCCUUCCCUCAGCCAGGGCAUUGAAAAUGAGUCGUGGAUGGGUAUUCCAGCAUGACAAUGACCCAAAACACACGGCCAAGGCAACAAAGGAGUGGCUCAAGAAGAAGCACAUUAAGGUCCUGGAGUGGCCUAGCCAGUCUCCAGACCUUAAUCCCAUAGAAAAUCUGUGGAGGGAGCUGAAGGUUCGAGUUGCCAAACAUCAGCCUCGAAACCUUAAUAACUUGGAGAAGAUCUGCAAAGAGGAGUGGGACAAAAUCCCUCCUGAGAUGUGUGCAAACCUGGUGGCCAACUACAAGAAACGUCUGACCUCUGUGAUUGCCAACAAGGGUUUUGCCACCAAGUACUAAGUCAUGUUUUGCAGAGGGGUCAAAUACUUAUUUCCCUCAUUAAAAUGCAAAUCAAUUUAUUACAUUUUUGACAUGCGUUUUUCUGGAUUUUUUUGUUGGUAUUCUGUCUCUCACUGUUCAAAUAAACCUACCAUUAAAAUUAUAGACUGAUCAUGUCUUUGUCAGUGGGCAAACGUACAAAAUCAGCAGGGGAUCAAAUACUUUUUUCCCUCACUGUAUAUAUAUAUAUAUAUAUAUAUAUAUACACAGUGGGGAGAACAAGUACACUGCCGAUUUUGCAGGUUUUCCUACUUACAAAGCAUGUAGAGGUCUGUAAUUUUUUAUCAUAGGUACACUUCAACUGUGAGAGACGGAAUCUAAAACAAAAAUCCAGAAAAUCACAUUGUAUGAUUUUUAAUUAAUUAAUUUGCUUUUUAUUGCAUGACAUAAUAUUUGAUCACCUACCAACCAGUAAGAAUUCCGGCUCUCACAGACCUGUUAGUUUUUCUUUAAGAAGCCCUCCUGUUCUCCACUCAUUACCUGUAUUAACUGCACCUGUUUGAACUCGUUACCUGUAUAAAAGACACCUGUCCACACACGCAAUCAAACAGACUCCAACCUCUCCACAAUGGCCAAGACCAGAGAGCUGUGUAAGGACAUCAGGGAUACAAUUGUAGAUCUGCACAAGGCUGGGAUGGGCUACAGGACAAUAGGCAAGCAGCUUGGUGAGAAGGCAACAACUGUUGGCGCAAUUAUUAGAAAAUGGAAGAAGUUCAAGAUGACGGUCAAUCACCCUCGGUCUGGGGACUCCAUGCAAGAUCUCACCUCGUGGGGCAUCAAUGAUCAUGAGGAAGGUGAGGGAUCAGCCCAGAACAACACGGCAGGACCUGGUCAAUGACCUGAAGAGAGCUGGGACCACAGUCUCAAAGAAAACCAUUAGUAAAACACUACGUCGUCAUGGAUUAAAAUCCUGCAGUGCAUGCAAGGUCCCCCUGCUUAUGCCAGCGCAUGUCCAGGCCCGUCUGAAAUUUGCCAAUGACCAUCUGGAUGAUCCAGAGGAGGAAUGGGAGAAGGUUGUGUGGUCUGAUGAGACAAAAAUAGAGCUUUUUGGUCUAAACUCCACUCGCCGUGUUUGGAGGAAGAAGAGGGAUGAGUACAACCCCAAGAACACCAUCCCAACCGUGAAGCAUGGAGGUGGAAACAUCAUUCUUUGGGGAUGCUUUUCUGCAAAGGGGACAGGACGACUGCACCAUAUUGAGGGGAGGAUGGAUGGGGCCAUGUAUCGCGAGAUCUUGGCCAACAACCUCCUUCCCUCAGUAAGAGCAUUGAAGAUGGGUCGUGGCUGGGUCUUCCAGCAUGACAACGACCCGAAACACACAGCCAGGGCAACUAAGGAGUGGCUCCGUAAGAAGCAUCUCAAGGUCCUGGAGUGGCCUAGCCAGUCUCCAGACCUGAACCCAAUAGAAAAACUUUGGAGGGAGCUGAAAGUCCGUAUUGCCCAGCGACAGCCCCGAAACCUGAAGGAUCUGGAGAAGGUCUGUAUGGAGGAGUGGUCCAAAAUCCCUGCUGCAGUGUGUGCAAACCUGGUCAAGACCUACAGGAAACGUAUGAUCUCUGUAAUUGCAAAGAAAGGUUUCUGUACCAAAUAUUAAGUUCUGCUUCUCUGAUGUAUCAAAUACUUUUUUCAUGCAAUAAAAUGCAAAUUAAUUACUUAAAGAUUAUACAAUGUGAUUUUCUGGAUUUUUGUUUUAGAUUCCAUCUCUCACAGUUGAAGUGUACCUAUGAUAAAAAUUACAGCCCUCUACAUGCUUUGUAAGUAGGAAAACCUGCAAAAUCGGCAGUGUAUCAAAUACUUGUUCUCCCCACUGUGUGUAUAUAUAUAUAUAUAUAUAUAUAUAUAUAUAUAUAUAUAUAUAUAUGGGUACCGUAAUUGUUUUGUGGUUAUUGUUCUCAAACGCCCUGUCUGCGAUUGUGUUUGUGUGAGUGGGUAAUAAACGUCUUAUUAGAAGAAUACAUAAACAUUAUUUACAUUUCACUGUAGUUAUUGAAGCUGCAAUAUGUAACUUUUUGGGCGACCCAACCUAAUUCACAUAGACAUUUUAGUUAUAGAUCUGUCAUUCUCAUUGAAAGCAAGUCUAAGAAGCGGUAGAGCUGUUCUAUGUGCACUAUUUCUAUGCUUCCCAUUCGUACGUUUUUUUUUUUUUUACUUUCGGUUUUGUCCACAGCUUCAAACAGCUGAAAAGACAAUAUUUUUGAUAAUGGAAAAUAUAUUUCACAGUGCUUUAGAUGGUACAAUAUGUGGUCCUCUGUACCUCAAUUGGUAGAGCAUGGUGCUUGUAAUGCCAGGGUAGUGGGUUCGAUCCCGGGACCACCCCAUACGUAAAAAUGUAUGCACACAUGACUGUAAGUCGCUUUGGAUAAAAGCGUCUGCUAAAUGGCAUAUUAUUAUUAUUAUUAUUACAAUGAUUCUUUACACUAUACUUGCUUGUUUUGUCACAUAAACUGAAAUUAGGCGAACUAGUAGAAUUUUAGCAACCAGGAAAUGGUGGAGUUAUUUCUGCAUAGUUAACCUUAAGUCAUGAAACAUUAUUGUGAUUAUAACCCCCACCGUUUACUGCUCUGUAUAGGCAUUGUACCAGAAAAUGCUUUUGAUUUCGCAGCUAUGUGUACUCUUGUGCCAACAAAAACACUGUCUUUAUAGAUGGCACGCGUUGCAGAAAUAUGUUAUGUGUUGGGCUGUAUUGCUAGUAUGAGUUACUACAGUAGUGCUUGAUUAAGUUUUAUAAACAUCUGGUAGAAGUGGUUUAAUAAAUGUUUGAUAAAUAUCUAUUUUAUACUUUUUUCAUUGAGAGAUAAAUUCCCCUAUGUUUGGGUCUGUCAGAAAUGUCUUUCAGUCCUGUGAGUGAGUCGAGCCAGGGUCAGCCCAAACUAUUCUUCUCACGGUGUAAGUAGCAGCUCAUCGGCCAGUGAGAGAGGGGGGGGGGGGGGGGGGGGGGAUUUGACCGUAAGACGAUUUCGGAAAGGAUGUGAGUAGCUUUAAAGGCCAUAUUUCCUCCUCCUCCUCAACUUACUGUACUCCACUUCCACACUAUUCACUUCUCACUCAGACUUCACUACAUAGAAACAUCAGAACCUCUAGUCUACCCUUUCUUCUUUUCCUCAAUGUGGGAUUGUCCGCUCUGCUCUGCACUGCAGUGAGAAAUCUGUCUGUUGGCGUUCUGGAGCUCUCUUUCGCUCUAAUUCCUGGAAAAAGGAGCCUUCGCCACGGCCCAGCAACCUCAGCUGCUGUGGGGAUGGGCAAUGGGCACCGGCUGAUGGGCUUGGUGCUAAUGCGGGAGCCUGGCGCUGGCACAGGGCGGGGCCUCACGGCGGCAGGAGCUGUGUGCCGUUGUGCCAGGCUGUCACCCUCCAUCUCGUGUGCCCGCCGCGCCGGGGGCAUCACUUGAAUGAAUGGAGUUUUCCUUUUCUUUUUCUCUCCCUCUUUUAAACCUUCUCUACGUCCUCUUUCUGUCUUGUUGGUUUUAUAGAGAGCUGCUGGGGGCUCAGACUACAAAGGGACACUCACUAUGACAGGGUUACCCAGAGGUAAAGAGAGUACAUGAAGUAACCCCCUCAUCGGGAAACUAAAGUAAGUUGAUAGGAAAUGAUGUGUGUUGUGCAGUAUAUUGUCUAUGGCCAUGGCUGCCUUGCAGACACUUUACAAAAGUACACUUUAUUUGGAUGCAGUCUCAGUAACCUCAGUGCAGGAAAACAGCAUGAUCGCAAUUUAGUAUUGACGGUUAACUGGUAAUUCUGGCAGCUGCAUGGAUCACAGUCUUCUACAGUCUUCCUCUCUCUUCCCAGCACCAGCUACUGAUAGGACGGUUUGUACGACCAUAGAGAUCUGUCUUUCCUCAGCUGUGAGGCAGCAGAAAUAUUACAAGCCCUCUUUCUGUUAAGAGUCGUACAUCUCAGCACAUGUGGCUAUACAUCAGCGCAGAUCCGGACAGCCUGAUGCAUGGUGUACUUUUCACCAUAGCCAAACCUAAUCCAUCCAGAUACAUUGUUGAUCUUGGACCAACACAUUGCAGCAUGUCAGGCAUGCUCUCUUUUCUCUCUCUGUUUUUGAAUGCUUUUUGAUAAUGUAGUAGUAUUCUCUUUCGUAGUAUGACGUUCUCAUUGACAGAGAUGGAUAACGUCCGUUGUUCCAAGAGUUGGGUAGGGUGGGGUUGGAGUGUGUAAGACCCUCUGCAGCUCUUAUGGGCUGACAGGAGCUUGCCUGAGCGGAAAGUGGAAGCCCCCCACCCCAGUCCAAUAGCCCUGACCCUGGCUCCUCUUCCCUGGUGCUGUUGUGCUUCAACAGCAUAGUGUCCCAGGAAGGAAACUACCCUGUGCACAGACAACAUAAACACACGUAGUUAAGCCCUCUCCCUUCCUUCACCUCCACAAGUUGGCGUGCAUUCCCAUCUUCCUCUCUCUCUUACCCCCCCCCCCUCUCUCGCUCUCACACUCUCUGUCUUUCUCUCUCUCUCUCUCCCUCUCUUUCUCUGUCUGUCUCUCGUUCUGUCUGUCUGUCUUUCUCUCUCCCUCUUUCUCUCUGUGUCUCUCUCGCUCUCUCUGUCUCUCUUUCUUUCUUUCUUUCUUUCCCUUCAGUUCCUCUUAUCCUCUUUCUUUUCCCAUCCCUGUCAUAACGGUAAAGGAAUCCAUCUCUCAUCUCUCACUGACUGAGCUCUGCUGUGCUACACGUGCAGUUCAUCUGAGGUCCAUCUAACAGAGGGAAGGAUUGGAAGUGAUGCCAAUGGCCUACAUGUAGCCAGAGAAUAUUGCUACUUUCCGUACCCUUUUUACCUUUUAAGGUUGUUAAGUGCUUUCUCCUUUGGCCUGAAUAUAACUGUGUUCGCCUGAAAGUCUGAAUCUAGUAUCUGUUGCAUUUCAGCUGUACUGUUCUGUUCAACUUGUCCUCCCACAGUGACCCUUUAAUUUGCUGUGAUAUACGGGCGGUGGUUGAAAUGAAGUGGUUUAAAUUCAUGUUCCAAUGUGGAGUACACACUGUGGCAAGCCGCUGGUGAAUGAAGAGGCAGCAGUGGGAAUAGUGUGUCGUUAAUAAUAGCCUUAUUAGAUGGUUUUCUGUGUUUGUAUAAGUUGAAUUUGAGGCACAGGAGUGCAGCUUGUCUGACCUUCAGACUCUUAACCUAAAACCUCUGUUACUGACCCUGUGUCAUUGUUACAACUGUUCUUCAGAACCUUGGAAUGACACAGUAAUUUAUGGAAGGUUGUCUUGAAAGUCCAGUAUGUGGGGGUUAGGUCUUUGGAAUGUGGCUAAGCUGAGGCCUUUCUCUUUAGCUUUAGACGUUCCAUACUGCGGUAGGAAAUGCCUGUAGAUGGAACAUAAAAAGGUGGAUGUCUGGAAUGAGGGUUUCUUGUCUUCUACAAUAAUGGAUUGUUCUACUAUUUACACUCAAGUCUAAGUCCGUUCUUAUUACCAUAUUACCUUUAACCUGAUUAUGCUACUCUGUUAAAUGACGUUCUAUUUCCUGACAGGGGAAGGAUCGGAAAGGCCAGUUGUCAAUCUUCAGAACAUCAGGAGUAUGGUAGAAGAGCUGGAUUCCCUCAGAGACAGAAUGGGCAUCCACCACACAGGCUACGAGAUAGGCCACACGACAGAACACCACAUAGACCACCACUCCACCACCUCCAACUCCUCAGACCCCAAUCACAGAGCCUCGUCCAGGCAGAAGAGGUUCCUCUCAUACCCCCGCUAUGUGGAACUGAUGCUGACUGCUGACGUCAAGAUGGUGCACCACCACGGACGCAACCUCGAGCACUACAUCCUAACAAUCAUGUCAGUAGUAAGUAAAAUAUUGUUUUUAAAAAAGUAUAAAGAAAAAUACAUUGUUGAAUCUAGAUUUGUUCUGUGGUGUAACUUACUAUGGUUUCAGGAAGUUUGACUUUUCCGUGAUACAAAGUCGUUCACUUCUAUAUAAGUUAAAGUGGUUAAUAAUAUUGGUAUCUGGUUGGUAGUUUGGUUGACUUUCUACUGUACCCUAUUUCCAGGAUGCAUCUCCUUUGUGUGAAAAAUAGUUCAUGGGAAAACAUCUAUCUACAUGGGUGAAAACUAAAAAUGGGCAAAACCCAAACAGACCAUUACAGUGUAAUAGAAUAUCUAUUCAACAAAUUGGGAGACACAACAGUGAUUAUUGUAGGUGACACAACACCCUGUAAGCCUUGACCUGAUGAAUCCUGCCAAACGAUGCAACUGGGAUUUUUGUUUAGCUGUUGGAUCCCUAAAAAUGCAAGACAGAAAUGCUUAUAGCCAGUUUUCUAUUCCCAAUGUUACCCUGAUAGCAAGCUGUCCUGCAAAGUCAGAGAUGUGACUCAUAAGGGGGUUCACUGGGCUGACUCAGGUCUUUGUGAUCUUAUUGGCUUUUAGUUUGGUUAAUGUUACCAUAUGCUGGUGUUACCUCAACCAAACUACAACACUGUAAAAUACUGUACCUAUUUGGAAACAUAUGGGCCUCUGCUUUAGCCCUUUAAAGACAAUAGGAAGGACCUUUUGACGGUACACACACUCAUUUUCACACAUACACACACACGUGUACACAGCUGUCGAAGAAAAACCUGUCAGGGCCUCUCAAUCUAAAAGACCUACCAAGCUCCGGCCAAACCAACAGAAACCAGACCCUGUAUUUCAAACAAGAAUAAGGAAAUCAGCCAAGACUGAUCCGUCAUCGUCAUGGUGACAGCACGUUGUGCCUGUUAGUGGAGCAGGGGGCUAAUGGGUGGGCUGCUAGCCCUCUGAUAUGAUGUCAUAGUGUUUACACUGACCACAGACACAUUCCUCCAGUGUAUCAGAGCCUUGAUUGUCUGUCCAUCUAUUUACCAGGGUGACGCGGUAGUUUAGGCUACAGCACACUGCCUGCCUGCCUGCCUGCCUGUCUGCCUGCCUGCCUGUCUGUCUGCCUGUCUGCCUGCCUGUCUGCCUGCCUGCCUGCCUGCCUGCCUGCCUGCCUGCCUGCCUGCCUGCCUGCCUGUCUGCCUGCCUGUCUGCCUGCCUGUCUGCCUGCCUGCCUGCCUGCCUGCCUGCCUGCCUGCCUGCCUGCCUGCCUGCCUGCCUGCCUGCCUGCCUGCCUGCCUGCCUGCCUGCCUGCCUGUCUGUCUGCUUGCCUGCUGCCUGCCAGCCUGCCUGCCUGCCUGCCUGCCUGCCUGCCUGCCUGUCUGUCUGCCUGCCUGUCUGUCUGUUUACCAGAGGAGGAAUCUGCUUCACGCAGCCCCCCCAUGCUCUGACCAGCUAAAUGUUUAUAGAGGGCUAAUGAGUUCCUGUCAGAGCUCUGUUAGGAUAGCCCCAGGAGAAUAGUGACCCACACUGACAGGGCUGAACCAAAAGAAAGACACAAAAAAACUGUUUUGUCCAAGGAGUGGUGGGAUACACACAAGCCAAGCCCCCCCCUCCCCCACCACCAGAGGGUCCUUAGAGGAAUUGUAAUUGUGUGUAAUACACUGUUGAUUAAACUUACCCUGAAGGAAUAACGAUAUGCAUUCCUUCCUUCCUUUCUUCAACUUUUUAUGUUAUUUUAGUCAAGCCUUCGGAACGUGGUCUCUAGACCUACUCUCAUUCAAAGUAAUACUUGUAUUUGCAUUCGUUCAAAUGUACCUACUGUCUGUUUUUGUACCAUUAGUAGCAGGGGUUGGGAUCGAAAUAUUUAUAUUUUUUGUUCUGUUCCACUGUUCCGACCAGCAAAAUGAAGUUCUGAACCGGUUCGAACCCCCCAAAAUACUGCUUUAUAUCGCUCCUUUCUGUACCUUUUUAAACCUCUUCACCAAUCAGUGCGGAUAGAGCAGCUUGCUAUGGUAAUAAAGAGCAAAUUGUAUUUUGCCGUAACAGCAUGGUUUAAUCAUAAUGAAAGACAAACACACACACUGUGCUGCCAGUCAUUAUGGGCAGGCCCGUGUAGGGCAUGAGAUGCGAUUGAAAUUUUGCGGGUGGGGAUAGAGCGAGAGAGGGGGGAGGAAGUUUGGCUUGAAGUGCUGGGCAUCUUGUUAUGACAUGCAUUAUCUGAAUUAGGCCCACAUAAUUAUACCUAUGGAGGAGCGGCUUCUAUGGAGGAACUUUGAAUGUCUUUGAAUUUCCGAGAGUUGGUUAACGUUGGACCAGAGCAAACGUUAGUUAGCUAGUUAGCUAACAAGCUUGUGUGUGCAGAGCAGCGCUAGAAUUAAAAACACAUCUUACCUUUUUGUAGUUAAUAAAUCCAAUGUGAUAACUAUAGUAUCCAGCAUUGUAAAAGUUAAUCCAUUCUUCUCUAAUUAAACAUCUCUCUCCCUAAUUUCUGAAUUACGCUUGUAACGUCAUCAGUAGGCUACAGUAACAGUAAGGGGGAGAGGCAGGUAGCCUACACACACACUGGCAAAGAUUUCCAGCUGACAGGCAGACGCUGGAAUAAGUUUCUGAGUGACAAAGUGAGGGCUUUGUAUAAGCACUUUGUUGUGAUUUUUGUGGUACUGGAAAGAAAUGCCCGGAACGUAAAAUAACGUUAUUAACCGGUUCCCAUGCUUUUAAAAUAACGGUUCUGUUCCGGAACAGUAUAGAUCACUUUCGUUUCCGGUUCUGAUUCUGUUCCUCAAAUAAUUGUGUUAUUUUCUAGUUUUCGGUUCUGUUUCCCUGAACCGGUUCCAACCAAAGUGUAGGUUUGCAUUUCUUGUCUGUGUGUUCAUCUUGUUACAGGUUGCUGCGGUCUACAGGGACCCUAGUGUAGGAAACCUCAUCAACAUCAUGAUUGUCAAGCUGGUUGUCAUCCACAAUGAACAGGUAAGAACAGGCACUGGGGCUGCAGUGAGUGAGUACUCUUAGACAGCUGGCGUCAGCCACACGUGUACCUUGUCUCUCUCUGUAGCCCUUCAGAAGGACACUGCACUCCUUGUCAGAGGAAAGGCUCAAGAGAAAUCUCCUGAGAGAGAAAUACACUGCUCAAAAAAAUAAAAGGGAACACUUAAACAACACAAUGUGACUCCAAGUCAAUCACACUUCUGUGAAAUCAAACUGUCCACUUAGGAAGCAACACUGAUUGACAAUAAAUUUCACAUGCUGUUGUGCAAAUGCAAUAGACAACAGGUGGAAAUUAUAGGCAAUUAGCAAGACACCCCCAAUAAAGAAGUGGUUCUGCAGGUGGUGACCACAGACCACUUCUCAGUUCCUAUGCUUCCUGGCUGAUGUUUUGGUCACUUUUGAAUGCUGGCGGUGCUUUCACUCUAGUGGUAGCAUGAGACGGAGUCUACAACCCACACAAGUGGCUCAGGUAGUGCAGCUCAUCCAGGAUGGCACAUCAAUGCGAGCUGUCGCAAGAAGGUUUGCUGUGUCUGUCAGCGUAGUGUCCAGAGCAUGGAGGCGCUACCAGGAGACAGGCCAGUACAUCACGAGACGUGGAGGAGGCCGUAGGAGGGCAACAACCCAGCAGCAGGACCGCUACCUCCGCCUUUGUGCAAGGAGGAGCAGGAGGAGCACUGCCAGAGCCCUGCAAAAUGACCUCCAGUAGGCCACAAAUGUGCAUGUGUCUGCUCAAAUGGUCAGAAACAGACUCCAUGAGGGUGGUAUGAGGGCCCGACGUCCACAGGUGGGGGUUGUGCUUACAGCCCAACACCGUGCAGGACGUUUGGCAUUUGCCAGAGAACACCAAGAUUGGCAAAUUCGCCACUGGCGCCCUGUGCUCUUCACAGAUGAAAGCAGAUUCACACUGAGCACAUGUGACAGACGUGACAGAGUCUGGAGACGCCGUGGAGAACGUUCUGCUGCCUGCAACAUCCUCCAGCAUGACCGGUUUGGCGGUGGGUCAGUCAUGGUGUGGGGUGGCAUUUCUUUGGGGGGCCGCACAGCCCUCCAUGUGCUCGCCAGAGGUAGCCUGACUGUCAUUAGGUACCGAGAUGAGAUCCUCAGACCCCUUGUGAGACCAUAUGCAGGUGCGGUUGGCCCUGGGUUCCUCCUAAUGCAAGACAAUGCUAGACCUCAUGUGGCUGGAGUGUGUCAGCAGUUCCUGCAAGAGGAAGGCAUUGUUGCUAUGGACUGGCCCGCCCGUUCCCCAGACCUGAAUCCAAUUGAGCACAUCUGGGACAUCAUGUCUCGCUCCAUCCACCAACGCCACGUUGCACCACAGACUGUCCAGGAGUUGGCGGAUGCUUUAGUCCAGGUCUGGGAGGAGAUACCUCAGGAGACCAUCCGCCACCUCAUCAGGAGCAUGCCCAGGCGUUGUAGGGAGGUCAUACAGGCACGUGGAGGCCACACACACUACUGAGCCUCAUUUUGACUUGUUUUAAGGACAUUACAUCAAAGUUGGAUCAGCCUGUAGUGUGGUUUUCCACUUUAAUUUUGAGGGUGACUCCAAAUCCAGACCUCCAUGGGUUGAUACAUUUGAUUUCCAUUGAUAAUUUUUGUGUUAUUUUGUUGUCAGCACAUUCAACUAUGUAAAGAAAAAAGUAUUUAAUAAGAUUAUUUCAUUCAUUCAGAUCUAGGAUGUGUUGUUUAAGUGUUCCCUUUAUUUUUUUGAGCAGUGUAUAUUACUGUGAUGAGUACUACCACAGCUGUGAUUUGACUAGUCUAGGACUGAGGGCAUACAGCACAUGGGCUUGUAAUGGCAGAUAGCUAAAUGUUUAUUGUGACACACAUACAUGGUUACAUUUUUUUAAACAUCUUUUAGCUAGGAAGACCUGUUCAAAUUCUCACACUGUCUCUACAGUGAGGGAAAAAAGUAUUUGAUCCCCUGCUGAUUUUGUACGUUUGCCCACUGACAAGGAAAUUAACAGUCUAUAAUUUUAAUGGUAGGUUUAUUUGAACAGUGAGAGACAGAAUAACAACAAAAACAUCCAGAAAAACGCAUGUCAAAAAUGUUAUAAAUUGAUUUGCAUUUUAAUGAGGGAAAUAAGUAUUUGACCCCCUCUCAAUCAGAACGAUUUCUGGCUCCCAGGUAUCUUUUAUAGAGGUAACGAGCUGAGAUUAGGAGCACACUUUUAAAGGGAGUGCUCCUAAUCUCAGCUUGUUACCUGUAUAAAAAAGACACCUGUCCACAGAAGCAAUCAAUCAAUCAGAUUCCGAUCUCUCCACCAUGGCCAAGACUAAAGAGCUCUCCAAGGAUGUCAUGGACAAGAUUGUAGACCUACACAAGGCUGGAAUGGGCUACAAGACCAUCGCCAAGCAGCUUGGUGAGAAGGUGACAACAGUUGGUGCGAUUAUUCGCAAAUGGAAGAAACACAAAAUAACUGUCAAUCUCCCUCGGCCUGGGGCUCCAUGCAAGAUCUCACCUUGUGGAGUUGCAAUGAUCAUGAGAACAGUGAGGAAUCAGCCCAGAACUACACGGGAGGAUCUUGUCAAUGAUCUCAAGGCAGCUGGGACCAUAGUCACCAAGAAAACAAUUGGUAACACACUACGCCAUGAAGGACUGAAAUUCUGCAGCGCCCGCAAGGUCCCCCUGCUCAAGAAAGCACAUAUACAAGCCCUUCUGAAGUUUGCCAAUGAACAGCUGAAUGAUUCAGAGGAGAACUGGAUGAAAGUGUGGUGGUCAGAUGAGACCAAAAUCGAGCUAUUUGGCAUCAACUCAACUCGCCGUGUUUGGAGGAGGAGGAAUGCUGCCUAUGACCCCAAGAACACCAUCCCCACCGUCAAACAUGGAGGUGGAAACAUUAUGCUUUGGGGGUGUUUUUCUGCUAAGGGGACAGGACAACUUCACAGCAUCAAAGGGACGAUGGACGGGGCCAUGUGUCGUCAAAUCUUGCGUGAGAACCUCCUUCCCUCAGCCAGGGCAUUGAAAAUGGGUCGUGGAUGGGUAUUCCAGCAGGACAAUGACCCAAAACACAUGGCCAAGGCAACAAAGGAGUGGCCCAAGAAGAAGCACAUUAAGGUCCUGGAGUGGCCUAGCCAGUCUCCAGUCCUUAAUCCCAUAGAAAAUCUGUGGAGGGAGCUGAAGGUUCGAGUUGCCAAACGUCAGCCUCGAAACCUUAAUGACUCGGAGAAGAUCUGCAAAGAGGAGUGGGACAAAAUCCCUCCUGAGAUGUGUGCAAACCUGGUGGCCAACAAGGGUUUUGCCACCAAGUACAAAGUCAUAUUUUGUAGAGGAGUCAAAUACUUAUUUCCCUCAUUAAAAUGCAAAUCAAUUUAUAACAUUUUUGACAUGCAUUUUUCAGGAUUUUUAUGUUUUUAUUCUGUCUCUCACUGUUCAAAUAAACCUACCAUUAAAAUUAUAGACUGAUCAUGUCUUUGUCAGUGGGCAAACGUACAAAAUCAGCAGGGGAUCAAAUAUCUUUUUCCCCUCACUGUAUGUCAUGUCUCACAGGAUGGACCCUCAAUAAAUUUCAAUGCUGCUACUACCCUCCACAACUUCUGUGUCUGGCAACAGACUCAAAACGUCCAGGACGACAGUCACCCUUCCCACCAUGACACUGCACUCCUGAUCACAAGGUACAGGAUUUACUGACCUUUCACCUUUUAUCCAUCUACAUUGUCUUACUACCCUAACACACAUACAACUGCUUUUAUACAGAUGUUGAAUAAUGGUGUGUGUUGCUUGUGCUUGUGUCUUCUCACAGGGAAGACAUCUGCCGAGCUAAAGAC